AUGGAGUUCCGCCAGGAGGAGUUUCGGAAGCUAGCGGGUCGCGCCCUCGGAAGGCUGCACCGCCUUCUGGAGAAGCGGCAGGAAGGUGCAGAGACGCUGGAGCUGAGCGCUGACGGGCGCCCGGUGACGACGCACACCCGGGACCCGCCGGUUGUGGACUGCACCUGCUUCGGCCUCCCUCGCCGCUACAUUAUCGCUAUUAUGAGCGGUCUGGGCUUCUGCAUCAGCUUUGGCAUCCGCUGCAACCUGGGCGUGGCCAUCGUUUCCAUGGUCAACAACAGCACGACCCACCGCGGGGGCCACGUGGUGGUGCAGAAAGCCCAGUUCAGCUGGGAUCCAGAGACUGUCGGCCUCAUACACGGCUCCUUUUUCUGGGGCUACAUUGUCACUCAGAUUCCUGGAGGAUUUAUCUGCCAAAAAUUCGCAGCCAACAGGGUUUUCGGCUUUGCUAUUGUGGCUACCUCCACUCUAAACAUGCUGAUCCCCUCGGCUGCCCGCGUCCACUAUGGCUGUGUCAUAUUCGUGAGGAUCUUGCAGGGGUUGGUAGAGGGGGUCACAUACCCCGCCUGCCACGGGAUUUGGAGCAAAUGGGCCCCACCCUUGGAAAGGAGUCGCCUGGCGACGACAGCCUUUUGCGGUUCCUAUGCUGGGGCGGUGGUCGCGAUGCCCCUCGCUGGGGUCCUGGUGCAGUACUCGGGAUGGAGCUCUGUUUUCUAUGUCUACGGCAGCUUCGGGAUCAUCUGGUACAUGUUCUGGCUGCUCGUCUCCUACGAGUCCCCCGCACUGCACCCCAGCAUCUCGGAGGAGGAACGCAAGUACAUCGAGGAGGCCAUCGGCGAGAGCGCCAAACUCAUGAACCCGCUCGCGAAGUUUAGCACACCCUGGCGGCGCUUCUUCACGUCCAUGCCGGUCUACGCCAUCAUCGUGGCCAACUUCUGCCGCAGUUGGACGUUCUACCUGCUCCUUAUCUCCCAGCCCGCCUACUUCGAGGAAGUGUUCGGCUUCGAGAUUAGCAAGGUGGGCCUGGUGUCGGCGCUGCCCCACCUAGUCAUGACCAUUAUCGUGCCCAUCGGCGGCCAGAUCGCCGACUUUCUGCGGAGCCGCCGCAUCAUGUCCACCACAAACGUUCGCAAGCUGAUGAACUGCGGGGGCUUCGGCAUGGAAGCCACUCUGCUGCUGGUGGUCGGCUACUCGCACUCCAAGGGCGUGGCCAUCUCCUUCCUGGUCCUCGCGGUGGGCUUCAGCGGCUUCGCCAUCUCUGGGUUCAACGUGAACCACCUGGACAUCGCCCCGCGCUACGCCAGCAUCCUCAUGGGCAUCUCCAACGGCGUGGGCACGUUGUCUGGCAUGGUGUGCCCCAUCAUCGUGGGCGCCAUGACUAAGCACAAGACUCGGGAGGAGUGGCAGUACGUGUUUCUAAUCGCUUCCCUGGUGCACUAUGGGGGUGUCAUCUUCUACGGGGUCUUUGCUUCUGGAGAGAAGCAGCCGUGGGCGGAGCCUGAGGAGAUGAGCGAAGAGAAAUGUGGCUUUGUUGGCCAUGACCAGCUGGCUGGCAGUGACGAAAGCGAGAUGGAGGAUGAGGCUGAGCCGCCCGGGGCGCCCCCUGCUCCCCUUCCCUCCUAUGGGGCCACGCACAGCACGGUUCAGCCCCCGAGGCCCCCACCCCCUAUCCGGGACUACUGA